AACCUACUGCACAUCAAAAUCGUUGCUCCGCACCACAACGGAAGGCACAUCCUAGAAAAGAAUGUAUGUAUAUAAUGAAGUGAGAAAGUUACGUAGAGGAGCAAUAUGGAAUGUGAGAGCAUGACUAAAAGAGGAAUAGCUCGAAAAGUCAUUAAUAAUGAUCUCUAUAUGAAUGGUAUAAGUAAAACUAGAUGGGAAAGAUAGAGGAAAGUGCAUUGUAGAGAUCCAAAAUUUUACUUUAAUGAAGAUACUGGUAGGAAAAAUGGUUAAAUCUGUCCAAAAGUCAUAUUUGAAAGAGAUAGGGCGAUGGCAAUUAAGUUGGGGGAAAGUCCCAGAAAUUUAUCAUUCAGGUUUAUAUACCUACCACUGAUAAUGAGCACGAGGACGCAAAGGAGAUUUACGGAAAAAUUGAAACCAUCAUGAGAAACGAAGAUCAACGCUACGAAUGCUGUAGAAUAAGAGAAGGAGUUAGAAGAAUUGACAAAGGAAAAGGGUUUGGUUGGUACAUGAACAGCACCUGGUGAUCUCUACCGCAAGCAGAUAGAAAUGGUCUUUAAUUUUUGGCCAUCGACUAAGCCGUAAAUCUCGGUGGCUUAUAUUAAAACCUUAAAAAUUAAAAUCAUGAUGGCUUUAAAAAAAUUGAGUAGGUAUCUAUGACAAACUAUUUUGGUAAAUAAAGCUAUCAAAAUCAUUUUUCCGGCUUUUAUUUUUCAAUUCGAUCUAAAAUUCUUGUUCAAAAUGAGGGAGUGUAUUUCUGUUCACGUUGGCCAGGCUGGAGUUCAAAUUGGAAACGCUACUUGGGAGUUAUAUUGUUUGGAACACGGGAUAUCGCCGGAUGGUACUCUGCCCAGUAGCGAGGAAUCGAUGACUUCCGCCGAUAACUGCUACGGUACGUUCUUCUCGGAGGUAGAAAAUGGCAAAAUGGUUCCGCGGAUUGUCAUGAUCGACUUGGAACCUUCGGUCGUUGAUGAGAUUAGAACUGGAAAAUAUAAGCAUUUAUACCAUCCUGAGCAGUUGAUAACUGGGAAAGAAGACGCGGCUAAUAACUACGCCAGAGGCCAUUACACCAUUGGUAAAGAGAUGAUCGAGGUUGUAAUGGAGCGGUUGUACAAACUCUCCGAGCAGUGUUGCGGUCUUCAAGGUUUCUUUGUAUUCCAUUCGUUUGGUGGCGGUACCGGAUCUGGGUUCACUUCGUUGCUCAUGCAAAAAUUAUCGCAAGAUUUUGGGAAGAAAAGCAAACUGGAGUUCGUGAUCUAUCCAGCACCUCAAAUUUGUACUGCCGUAGUAGAACCGUAUAAUGCAAUCUUGACGACGCAUACGACUUUAAACCACUCCGAUUGCGCUUUCAUGGUUGACAAUGAAGCAAUCUACGACAUUUGCAGGAAGCGACUAAGCAUCGAACGACCCGACUACGUGAAUUUGAACAGACUAAUCAGCCAAGUCGUUUCGUCGAUUACAGCCUCUCUCAGAUUCGAUGGAGCUCUAAAUGUUGAUCUAACAGAAUUCCAAACCAACCUGGUACCGUAUCCCCGAAUUCACUUCCCUUUGGCGUCUUAUGCGCCGGUUGUGUCCUCCGAAAAAGCGUACCAUGAAGGAAUGUCCGUGUCCGAAAUCACGGCAGAAUUAUUUGAGCCCAGUAACCAAAUGGUAAAAUGUGAUCCACGCCAGGGAAAAUACAUGGCUUGCUGUUUGCUUUACCGUGGAGACGUGGUACCGAAGGAUGUUAAUGCAUCAAUCGCGCAAAUGAAGGCGAAAAGUAACGUCCGAUUCGUCGACUGGUGCCCGACUGGUUUCAAAGUCGGAAUUAACUAUCAACCUCCUACCGUAGUACCUGGAGGUGAUUUGGCUCGCGUCCAAAGAGCGGCUUGUAUGUUAUCAAAUACAACAGCGAUUGCAUCUGCGUGGAAUAAGCUAAACAAAAAGUUCGAUCUCAUGUACGCUAAGAGGGCUUUUGUACAUUGGUACGUUGGAGAGGGCAUGGAAGAAGGUGAAUUUAACGAAGCUCGUGAAGAUUUAGCCGCUCUGGAAUUGGAUUAUGAAGAAGUUUCUUCGGAAGGAUCGGGAGAUGGAGAUGAUUAAUCGGUGCAGAAACCUUUGUUACUAAGGAAUUAAUUAUUCGAAAACUGUAUUUUUGUAAUAAAUUGAAAUACCUUCUGCAAAA